UCAAACUUCAUCUCAUUUGCAAUGGCCCUCUCAUCUAACAUCACCUACCACGAAAAUCCUUCUCUCGCUCGCCAUUUCGUUCGUAGCAUCGCCAAUUACGAUCUCUCUAGAUUACACCGCUCUCCCCGACUCGGAAGUCUGCGGCUUCCGACAAAAGUCCGGGCCAUCCAAGUGGAGAAUCCGUCAUCGACAGUGCAACCGUCUCUGGCCCCGGAUUUGGUGCUACCAGAGGAUGGGAGCGACCUUCUAUUGCCGUUCCAGUUCGACCACUACAUGGCCGCAAGGUCCAAGCUAGUGAACCAAGCCCUAGACAUGGCGGUCCCUUUGCAACAACCUCUUAAAAUCCAUGAAGCAAUGAGGUACUCCCUCCUCGCUGGAGGGAAGCGCGUCCGGCCAAUCCUGUGCCUGGCCUCGUGUGAGCUCGUCGGUGGUGACGUGUCUUCCGCGAUGCCGGCAGCCUGCGCGAUGGAGAUGACCCACACCAUGUCGCUCAUCCACGACGACCUCCCCUGCAUGGACAACGACGACCUCCGCCGCGGGAAACCCACCAACCACAAGGUGUUCGGUGAGGAGACUGCAAUCCUUGCCGGGGAUGCCCUCCUCUCGCUGGCCUUCGAGCAUGUGGCGGCCAGGACGGGCCCCAAAGUCCCCGCCGACCGCCUCGUCCGGGCCAUCGCUGAGCUUGGCUCGGCUGUGGGGUCUGAGGGGCUCGUGGCGGGGCAGAUAGUGGACAUCGCGAGCGAGGGGAGGGAUAUCGGUCUGGGGGAGUUGGAGUACAUCCACGUCCACAAGACAGCGAAGCUCUUGGAGGCAUCGGUCGUGUGCGGCGCGAUUGUCGGAGGGGGGAGUCAGAGUGAGGUGGAGAGAGUUAGGAAGUACGCGAGGUGCGUCGGGCUGCUGUUCCAAGUGGUGGAUGACAUAUUGGACGUGACCAAAUCGACCGAGGAGCUAGGCAAGACUGCCGGGAAAGACUUGGCGAGCGACAAGGCGACGUAUCCGAAGCUGAUGGGGAUCGAGAAGGCCAAGGAAUUCGCCGGGGAAUUGGUGGAGAAAGCCAUCGAGCAGCUUGGUCAUUUUGAUGCUGCAAGAGUAGCGCCACUGUCGCAUUUAGCAAAUUACAUUGCCAGUAGACAUAAUUGAAAAAUUAAGAACUAUGCAUGCUAUUUGAUCUCAUCUAGGAUGUACUAAUGUAUGUACAUGUGCCGGUCCGAGGCAAGAUCUGCUUCUCUACUUCGA